AUGGACAACCACCUUCAACAACACCCACUCUUCCAAAUCAAGGUGGAGCACCUUGACAAGGAUGAACGCGUCUCCCUCUCAUACCAACGCGCCAGACUGCUCAUGCAAACAUAUCGGUUAUCCGUGGAUGAUGUCCAAUAUUGUUCGCCGAGAUUCUGGUCCAUGAUGAUGGAUCCAAUCUGCUGUCUUGAUAUUGCAAUGUUUACCAUCAUAGCAGCCCACGUCGGUUUAACUAUCGGCACGCUCUCUCGGCAUUUGAAGAAACGCCCGGACCUCAGGCGGCUGGUCGAGCGUUUGCUGCGAUUUGAAACUGUUGGUAUCUACCUCCUCACGGAACGCGGUCACGGCUUGGAUGCAUUCAAUAUCGAAACCACCGCGACGAAGACUCCGGAUGGAUAUAUUCUUCAUACACCCCGAGAAGAAGCUGCUAAGUUCAUGCCCGCAUCAACGCCCUCAUUUAGCAUACCUAAAGUGGCCCUUGUGAUGGCAAGGCUCAUCGUCAAUGGUAAUGAUCAUGGGUCGCGAUUCUUCCUCGUACCAAUUUGCAACAAGCGCGAAAUGUAUCGUGGUAUUUUGUCGACCCGGCUGCCGCCUCGCAGUGGGACCGGCCCUCUCGACUUUUCCAUCACAUCCUUCAAUAAUGUCCACCUGCCUGAUACGGCGCUCAUCUCAUCGGAUAUCAACGACCUGUCUAUCCCGGCCCAGCCCCUAGAGGCUUGGUGGGACGAAAUCUGGAGGAUUCAACUUGGCACCCUUGCAGUGCCGGCGCCGUGGGUAUCAGCCAUCAAGGCCGUCGCUUUUAUUGGCGGUCGUUAUUCCAUGCACCGUUGCUUAGUUGGGAAGCACAAUGAACCUGUCCCUAUUCUAUCCUUCCGAACGCAGCAGCGGCCAGUGCUUGAGGCCACGGCUGUCGGAAUGGUUCUUUCUAGUUGGUUCCCACUGGUCAUCCAAGAAGCCAUGGCGUCCAACCAACGUAUCAGGCAUGCGCUAUCUGUCAUCGCCAAGGCCACCAUCUGCCGUCACUUCCAACGUUGCGUGACUGAGGUUGCGGAACGGUGCGGUGCGCAAGGGACGUUUGAGCAUAAUUACAUGGCAAGAAUAGAGAACGAUGGCAAGGGCGUCAUAAUAGCGGAAGGGGACGUCCUAACCCUGUGUAUACGGCUAUUCUCUGAACUGGUUCAAGGCCGCUAUCAAGUUCCCGUGCCUGACCCAUCCGAAUCGCUGCUAGCUGCCCACGCUACUUCCCUUCUUGAAGAGAAUAUCCAGCUCUACUCUCAACUCCAAUGUGAUCAUCGGAGCGAAGCGUUCAAUUCACUUAUCCUCCCCCAAUCUCAGCCUGUCAUAGAAGCUAUCGGCCACGCUUUGGCGUAUUCAGCAGCCCAGAAGGCUGGUCUCCCACGUCCCGUCUUAGAUGUCUACGAGAGCUCUGUGAUCCGUCAGGACCCCGCGUGGUACUCUGAGGAAGGUGGUUUAUCCCGGUUGUCGCAACGGCGACGCGAAGAUGCGGCAAUAUCGUCGAUGUUGCCCAACCUCUCUACCUAUCUUUCCGCCCUGAACAUUGAGGAAUACGUCUCCGCGCCGAUAGUUUCCGACGACUCCUGGAAAAUGUAUCUUGCGCAGCUUCCUGUUCAUACUGGAAACGCCUCACCAGAGGUCGGCCUCGUGCAAGCGAUGCUAUAA